AUGGUCAAAAAACCAGAAGAUAUUGAUUCGGAUUUUGCGAGAGUUGGAGUGAAAAUGUGAGUCGCAAACAUAAAUAUUUGCUCAAAAAUGUGCUCUAGCCUACAAAAUGUUUCACUAAAUAAUAAACCAAAAAACUAUUUGCAUUACAGCGAACUUGCUGAUAAGGAAAGAACAUUCGAUAUCGAUUCAUUUGAGCGAUUUGUGAGCGAAGCGAUUCGCGAAGUUUUCGGCAAUUGCGGUCCAGUUGUCAAGGUUUCCGAAUUCAAUUCUUCAACUCUUCGCGGUUCAAUUGUUGCUCCGGGAAACGAGGCGAAAACUGUUUGGGCUGCUCUAUCAGCCAAGGGAAAGUUUCAGGGACAACGAAUUGCGGCGCAUCUUCAUAGUGUGAGUGAUAACUUGUUUUUUACAAGAGAAAUAUAUGUUUUCUAGCAUUUUUUCGACCAGGAUCCCUGAAAUUGCAGAAAUUUUGGGAUUUUUGAAGAUUUUCAACCUAGAAAUUGCUGAAAUUAAGAAUUUUCAGCUAAAAUUCAGGUUUUUGAGCAAUUUCCAGGUGAUUUUUAUCAAUUUCAGGCCGUUUUCAUUCAAAAAUCCAAAUUUUCAGCUAGAUUCAGUCAGUUUUCAAUAAAACGCUGGAUUUUUGAGAUAUUUCCAGUGGAAAUUAAGAUUUUCAGCUAUUUGUAACUGAAAAUCUUCAUUUUCACUGGAAAUAGCUCAAAAAUCCAGUUUUCUAUUGAAACUUGACUAAAUUUAGCUGAAAAUUUGGAUUUUUGCUUGAAAAUGGCCUGAAAUUGAUACAAAUCACCUAUAUUCAAUGGAAUUGCUGAAAUUGCUGAAAUUCAGAAUUUUUAGCUAAAAUUCAAGUUUUUGAGCAAUUUCCAGGUGAUUUGUAUCAAUUUCAGGCCAUUUUCAGUGAAAAAUUCAAAUGUUCAGCUGAAUUUAGUCAGUUUUCAAUAAAAAACUGGAUUUUUCAGAUAUUUCCAGUAAAAAUUAAGAUUUGCAGCGAUUUGUAUCAAUUUUGAGUCGACAAUUCAAAUUUUCAGUUCGAAAAUUUCGAAAAAUCGAGGUUUUAGGUGCUGAAAGCGAAAAUUUGGACCCAAAAUUGAUACAAAUAGCUAAAAAUCUUAAUUUUCACUGGAAAUAUCUGAAAAAUCCAGUUUUUCAUUGAAAAUUGACUAAAUUUAGCUGCAAAUUUGGAUUUUUGACUAAAAAUGACCUGAAAUUGAUACAAAUCACCUGGAAAUUGCUCAAAAACCUGAAUUUUAGCUGGAAAUUUUGAAUUUCAGCGAUUUCUAAGCUGAAAAUCUUGAAAAAUCCCGAAAUUUCACAUCCUGAUCGAAGAAAUGCUAGAAAACGUGUAAAAUACGUGAAACGUGUACUGAAAAAUGUCAUUUUUUAAUUUUCAGUUAACCGAAACCGACAUCACCAACAUUUUCUAA